GGGAGGGAGGGAGGGAGGGCGGCCGGGCGGGCAGCGGCCCCGGCCCGCGUCUGCGCCCCUCGCUGUCCCGCGACCCCGGCGCGGGUGCCUCGGGCCCCCCUCGCGCGCCGCCAUGGUGGGCCGGCUGAGCCUACAGGAUGUGCCCGAGCUCGUGGACGCGAAGAAGAAGGGCGACGGCGUCCUGGACAGCCCGGACUCGGGGCUGCCCCCCAGCCCCAGCCCCAGCCACUGGGGGCUCGCGGCGGGCGGAGGCGGCGGAGAGCGCGCGGCGGCACCGGGGACGCUGGAGCCCGACGCGGCGGCGGCGACCCCCGCGGCUCCGAGUCCAGCGUCUCUCCCCCUGACUCCCGGCUGUGCGCUGAGGCUUUGUCCCCUGUCCUUUGGCGAAGGAGUGGAGUUUGACCCCUUACCACCAAAGGAAGUAAGGUACACCUCCUCGGUCAAGUACGACUCCGAGAGGCACUUCAUCGACGACGUGCAGCUGCCCCUGGGCCUGGCGGUGGCCUCCUGCAGCCAGACGGUCACCUGUGUCCCCAAUGGCACGUGGCGCAACUACAAGGCCGAGGUGCGCUUCGAGCCCCGCCACAGGCCCACCCGCUUCCUCAGCACCACCAUCGUGUACCCCAAGUACCCCAAGGCCGUCUACACCACCACCCUGGAUUACAACUGCCGCAAGACGCUGAGGAGGUUUCUGUCCAGCGUGGAGCUCGAAGCCGUGGAGCUCCUGGGCAGCGACGACCUCUCCGAUGAAUGCUGACCCGGCAGGCUGGGCUGGGGUCGGACCGGCUCUCCCGCUGUCCUGCCCCCGACUGCCCUGGCCAAGCUGGGCGACCUUACCCUUCACGUCAUUCCAGCCCCAGAGGAGUCUAACCUAGAGAUACCUCCAAGCCCGGCCGGGGGAAGAGAAAAGAAAAAAUCACUGCAUCUCAUAAUUAUUGAGAUCUUUGUGUUGUAAUUUUCAAGCUGUUUUUAGAGGGAAGAUAUGUCCUGGUUUGCUGCUGUGUUGUUUUCCCAAAGUCUCAAUCAGAUGAGGCAACAAAAAGACCACCAGAAUUGCAGGAAAGCAGCAGCAGUCUGGGAUAGGGAGGGGGGAGGAGAGCUCUCCCUCCAUGGUCAGUUUGUCAGAAGAAAAGCAUGGAAAAAGUGAGAUUUAAGAAAUCUCAGCCACGGGUGUCUUCACUGCACAAAAGUGGUGCAAAUUCAGUAAACAGUGACACCUGUGUGGGUUCAAUCUGUGGAGAGUUGAGUUCCAUUCCUUUGUUUUUAAAUUUCCACCUCCAUUUGUGUUUCCUGUUAACCUAAACUCUUGUAAUUCUCUAAAUCUUUUUUCAUGAUAAAAAAAAAAAAAAUCCCAAACCACAAUUUAAGAUGCCUUUUUUUUUAAAAAAAAAAAAGGUUCUCCGUGUUGCCACCUGCUCCGGGAAGGCCAGGCCAAUGGGCGGCCAGGUUUGGGAGCAGCGGCUUCGGCUCCGAUUGCUUCCUGACGGUCAGUUCCAAGCACAGGCUCUGAGAAACACCUCGAACCCUUGGUAUCUGGUGACCGUCUCCGCAGGCUUCCGUGAGUCUCCGAUAGGUGUUUUGGGCUUUUGGAAUACUUUGAGAAUACUUUCCCAAUACUUUCCCAUUUUUUCAUAAGGCAACACGGAGUGGACGGCCUUUUUUGAGAGAAACAGCAUUCUAAGAGUAUGCUUGGAAAACACACUUUUUGGGAGUCCACGUGGGGAGUGGACACUGAGGACAGGAAGCGGUGGCCCUAAGACCUGCGGCCACCCGGAGGAGGCAGACGCAGGCGAUGACCUGGUUCAUCAUGAGAGGAGCCAGAGUUGACUCAGUCGUAGGAUCUCGAUGGCGUCAGAAUUGCAGAGGGUUUCUGCCAGUGCCUUAGGUCUAAUUCAAAAAGCAAGGAAGGCUGGGCACGGUGGCUGGCGCCUGUAGUCUCAGCUACUUGGAAACGGAGGCAGGAGGAUCUCUUGAGCCCAAGAAUUCGAGACCGGUCUGGCAACAUAGUGAGCCUCCAUCUCUAAAAAAAAUUGGCAGAAAAAAAAGGCGAGGAAAUCUGUGCCCCCAUCCCCCGACACCAGACAAGCUAAGGUGCAUUCACAGUAGGGAAUGAUGUCAAAACCUGGCCGCCGUGGUGGCGCGCGUUCCUCUCACACCACCGUAUGGCGGCAGGUGACAGUCAACUGAAAUGUUCCCAAGGACCGUGUGAAUUCGGCUGACGUGGCCCAGCAGCGGGGUGGACCUGGGUGCGGUGGCUUCAGACCUGCCUCCCGCCACCCCGUCCUCCCCUAACCCCUUCUUGGGACCUCCUGCCAAUCCCUGUGGUGUUUGAGUAAAGAAAGUGGCUGAUGGUUUACCUUUUUUUCCCAAUAUUGGAAAGAACAAACUAGAUAUUCCCUUUGAAUACAUCCAAAUUAUUUCAAGUGCCUGAGGGUUACCGAGCAGGUGAGGGGGCACCCUGGGACCCACAGUCUCCUCAGUCACGUGCAGAGCAAAAAAUGCUUCCUGUGUUUGGAAGAGCAAGUGACACAGCAUUUAUUGAUAAAAAUGGAUUUUUCUGUCUGAUUUCAUGCUGUGGUCGUUUAAGUGGUCAAUGUCUUUUUUUUUUUUUUUUUUGAGAUGGAGUCUCGCUCUGUUGCCCAGGCUGAGUGGAAUGGCGCCAACUCAGCUCACUGCAACCUUCACCUCCCAGGCUCAAGCGACUCUCCUGCCUCAGGCUCCUGAGCAGCUGGGAUUACAGGUGCCCACCACCACGCCCAGCUAAUUUUUGUAUUUUUAGUAGAGACGGGGUUUCACCAUGUUGGUCAGGCUGGUCUCGAACACCUGACCUUGUGAUCCACCCGCCUCGGCCUCCCAAUAAUUUGUAAGUUAUGUUAGUGGGAUCCUCAAGGCCUUGUUCUGCCCCGUGGAGACGCUUGCUCGGAUGAGCUCAGGAAACAGUACCGGCUGCGUGGCAGGCCUGGGUGUUGCGUGCGAGGACGUGGCCUUUGAACACCGCUGUGCUCUCAGAGGUCCUUAGGAGAUAUUUUUUUUUUGUCUUAGGGGGACUGUGUUAAGUUCAGACAAAUCAUGCUGGGUGUGGAGAGAGUCUGAAAUACGUCAGUGAAGUAAGUAGCCGUGAGCGAUUGUGAAUGUGUAACGCAAAUGGAAAACCGGGUUUUACCGCGUUAAGUUAUUCACUAGGGAGCCAGUCGUAGUUCUUUGUAAUCCUCUUUCUUCCAAACCUGCUUUGCUGAAAGUUGCAGAAAAGGAAGUGUGUGGAGAGAAACAGAACCCUUCAGGGUGGGUCAGAGGACGCCAUCCACGGUGGAUUCGUGUUCGUUUGCAGGUGGAAGCAGUGAUUUUUAGGACCCACUGAUUAAAAACAAACAUUCCCAAGUGUCUCUGAGAGAUGCUGUUUAUUUGUUAAUUAAAAAGCUUUUUUCUCUGUCUUUUAAAUGAUGGCUUUCAUGUAAUAAGGAUAUUUUUAGUGAAAAAUUGUUUUCCUUUCAAAUUACAGACCUUUUAAAAAAACUUAACUUGAGCGAGUACCUUUUCAUUUGACACUUUUCCUGUUUCUAACCUUAGGAAACCAGAAUAGCGUUUGGCAGACACGACGUUUUCAGUUACCUUUGACACCUGCCCCACUCCAUUUUGCUUUGUGAUGUCUUCAUUUAACAAUAAAUUAUCUGAAAAAACAAAA